ACAUACUACUCGGGGACGUCCUGCGCAGGGACCCCGUACCUUGUCAUCGCCUAUGAAGACGCCGACUGCACCGCUGCAGCCUGCGCAACGAAUUCGACCGUGGGGAUGGUGUCCGUCGACUGCUCAUCCGACUAUUUGACCGCUCUACGGGACAAGUUCGGCAGCUUUCCGUACCUCAUCCAAGUGAACUCUGUUGAGGAUGACUGCUCUACUUUUGCCAAGGCGUGGGGCUUCCCCGCGUCGGGCAACUGCGAGGGCUCCUUCAACACGAACGACUCGAUCGGCGUCCACCUUGUUGUUUCGUUUCGCGUCCACCUUGUUGGCACGUUGGAAGAUAACGGGUCCGCCACGAUGGAGUAUUACUCUGGGUCUCCUUGUCUGGCAAACCAGUGGGUGCUGACCGAGAGCGUCGACAAGGAGACGCUCGAGAGCCCCUCGUGUGAUGCCGGCGGGUACACUUGGUACAGCAGCGACGGCGAGAUCUCGACGGGGAGCAGCAUUAUCAUUGGAAUAGUCUCUGGCUAUGUAGUAUUCGUGUUGGUUGUAGCUAGCGGUGUCUUCUUCUACGUCCGACGCCGGUCGAACGGCAAGCGUGCGGGUCAAUGGACGGUGACGAUGGCGUCAGGUGACCUGACUUCACUUGAGACUGCUAUGAACGGACAAGCUGGACUCUGGAACGACGACGUCAUCACGGCCAAGAGGGUCCCGCGAGACAAGGUCAAGCUCAAGAAGCUCAUCAGUCGAGGAGCUUACGGGGAGGUCUACAACGGCGUCUUCAAUGGGCAACAAGUGGCGGUCAAGAUGCUGCUGCCUUCCACGCGUGGGAAUCUGCUGCACGUGACGGAUUUCUUGACUGAAGCCAAGAUGACGGCGUCCCUGGAUCAUCCGCACAUCGUCACGUUCGUCGGAGUUGCCUGGGACUCGCUGUCGGAUCUCUGUGUAAUGCUGGAGUUCAUGGACGGAGGGGACCUCAGGACGCUGCUGAGCAAGUACGAGGCAAUCAAGUACCCAGUCGGAGUGGACAGAGAGAAGGCCAUUAUCGCUCUGCACGUCUGCCACGCUCUCACUUAUCUCCACUCCCUGAUGCCCCCAGUCAUUCAUCGAGAUCUGAAGUCGCCCAAUAUUUUGUUGAAUCAGUCGAGGGAGGCGACAUUGACAGACUUUGGCGUCUCGAGAGAGCGGCUGGACCAGACCAUGACGGCGGGGGUGGGGACGUCGCUGUGGAUGGCAUCCGAGGUGAUGCUAGGCGAGAAAUACGACGUGAAAGCCGAUAUCUUCUCCUUCGGAGUGGUGUUGUCGGAGUUGGAUGUGCACACACUUCCGUAUGCUCAUGCGAAGCAGCGCAGUCUUGACACCAACGGUCGGAAGUUGGCGGACGCUACGCUGCUACAGAAGAUCACUGCGGGCGAGGUUCGAGUGGAGUUUUCCGAGGCGAGUCCGCGCUCGCUGGUCGAGUUGAUGUGCGCGUGUGUGGCGGUGGAGCCCGGAGACCGCCCUACCGCUGCUGAGGCACUGUACAUGAUCCAGGUUAUUUUAUCGCAGGAACUUGCGGUGUGA